AUGGCUUGUCUUUACAUUACACUCAACAUCAGCGUUGAAAAUAUUUAUGCGCUACAUCCUCACACAGUCGCGAGUUUCGCUUCUCUUGGUUGCAGGCCUAAGAAAGUGAAUAAGCCCGAGGGGCAGAAGAAUGCAAACAAAGAUGCAUGA